AUGUUUCCCUUGGCUAGAAAUAUAUUGAGAAGUGUCAAGAUUCAAAGUUUUCAGCAAAUAAGGGCAAAACAGAGCCAGAAGAAACACUCUGAAAAUUUUCAUGACAAACAUGGUGGCAUUAUACUAGCCAGUGGCUCCAUUUUCUGUGUCUUUGCAUGGUUAAUUACAACUACACAGAUUGGAAUAGAAUGGAACCUGUCCCCUGUUCGCAGAGUCACUCCAGAAGAGUGGAAAGAUUAG